AUGGAGAGGCUCACCUCACCCCACGGCCCCCACUCACAGGGCAGCAAGGAGCGGUUCCACUGGCAGAGCCACAAUGUGAAGCAGAGUGGCGUGGACGACAUGGUGCUGCUCCCCCAGAUCACUGAAGACGCCAUCGUGGGCAACCUGCGCAAGCGCUUCAUGGACGACUACAUCUUUACCUACAUUGGCUCCGUACUCAUCUCCGUGAAUCCCUUCAAGCAGAUGCCCUACUUCACUGACCGUGAAAUUGACCUCUACCAGGGUGCGGCCCAGUACGAGAAUCCGCCACACAUCUACGCCCUCACAGACAACAUGUAUCGCAACAUGCUCAUCGACUGUGAGAACCAAUGCGUCAUCAUCAGCGGAGAGAGUGGAGCUGGGAAGACGGUGGCGGCCAAAUACAUCAUGGGCUACAUCUCCAAAGUGUCCGGAGGGGGUGAGAAGGUCCAGCAUGUCAAGGAUAUCAUCCUGCAGUCCAACCCACUACUGGAGGCCUUCGGCAACUCCAAGACCGUACGCAACAACAACUCCAGUCGCUUUGGCAAGUACUUUGAGAUUCAGUUCAGCCGUGGCGGAGAGCCUGAUGGGGGCAAGAUCUCCAACUUCCUACUGGAGAAGUCCCGCGUGGUCUCGCAGAACGAAAAUGAGAGGAACUUCCACAUCUACUACCAGCUGCUGGAAGGGGCCUCCCAGGAGCAGCGGCAGAACCUGGGGCUCAUGACCCCUGACUACUAUUACUACCUCAACCAAUCGGACACCUACAAGGUGGAUGGCACCGAUGACAGGAGCGACUUCAGUGAGACGCUGAGCGCCAUGCAGGUCAUCGGGAUUCCGCCCAACAUCCAGCAGCUGGUCCUGCAGCUGGUGGCUGGGAUCCUGCACCUGGGGAACAUCAGCUUCUGCGAAGAUGGGAACUACGCCCGCGUGGAGAGUGUGGACCUCCUGGCUUUUCCCGCCUACCUGCUGGGCAUCGACAGCGGGCGGCUGCAGGAAAAGCUGACCAGCCGCAAGAUGGACAGCCGCUGGGGUGGGCGCAGCGAGUCUAUCGACGUGACCCUCAACGUGGAGCAGGCCGCCUACACCCGCGACGCCCUGGCCAAGGGGCUAUACGCGCGCCUCUUCGACUUCCUCGUGGAGGCCAUUAACCGCGCCAUGCAGAAGCCGCAGGAGGAAUACAGCAUCGGCGUGCUGGACAUCUACGGCUUCGAGAUCUUCCAGAAAAACGGCUUCGAGCAGUUUUGCAUCAACUUCGUCAACGAGAAGCUGCAGCAGAUUUUCAUCGAGCUCACCCUGAAAGCAGAGCAGGAGGAGUAUGUACAGGAGGGCAUCCGCUGGACCCCUAUCCAGUACUUCAACAACAAAGUUGUCUGCGACCUCAUCGAAAACAAGCUGAGCCCGCCGGGCAUCAUGAGCGUGCUGGACGACGUGUGCGCCACCAUGCAUGCCACUGGCGGCGGCGCGGACCAGACCCUGCUGCAGAAGCUGCAGGCAGCUGUGGGCACCCACGAGCACUUCAACAGCUGGAGCGCCGGAUUCGUCAUCCACCACUACGCCGGCAAGGUCUCUUACGACGUCAGUGGCUUCUGCGAGAGGAACCGGGAUGUUCUCUUUUCAGACCUUAUUGAGCUGAUGCAGACCAGUGAGCAGGCCUUCCUUCGGAUGCUGUUUCCUGAGAAGCUGGAUGGAGACAAGAAGGGCCGCCCCAGCACAGCAGGAUCCAAGAUCAAGAAACAAGCCAAUGACCUGGUGACCACGCUGAAGAGAUGCACGCCACACUACAUCCGCUGCAUCAAACCCAAUGAGACCAAGAGACCUCGUGACUGGGAGGAAAGCAGGGUCAAGCACCAGGUGGAGUAUCUGGGCCUGAAGGAGAACAUCCGGGUGCGCAGGGCAGGCUUCGCCUACCGCCGCCAGUUCCACAAAUUCCUGCAGAGGUAUGCCAUUCUGACGCCCGAGACGUGGCCACGGUGGCGUGGGGACGAGCGCCAGGGGGUCCAGCACUUGCUCCGGGCCGUCAACAUGGAUCCCGACCAGUACCAGAUGGGCAGCACCAAGGUCUUCGUCAAGAACCCCGAGUCGGUAAGACUGUGUGUAUGA